AUGGGGUCGGCAGAGAGUAGUCUUAAUGAUAGCGCAGCUGGAUAUCAUAUCCUUAAGGUCCAAGAUGGAUCUCCUGGUCAACAAGCAGGUCUUGAGCCAUUUUUCGAUUUCAUAGUGUCUGUUGGAGAUCUCCGACUUGAACAAGACAGUGAAGCUAUUAAGAACGUACUCUCGAGGUAUAAGGACAAACCAAUGCAGUUGCGGGUUUAUUCAUCUAAGACUAAACAAUUCCGGGAGGUUAUUCUUACUCCACACGCUAAUUGGGGAGGACAGGGUCUUCUUGGACUCAGCAUUCGAUACUGUUCUUUCAAAAAUGUUGAUGAGAAUGUUUGGCAUGUUCUGGAGGUCUACCCUGGUUCACCUGCUGCAAUGGCUGGUUUGCAGCCAUUUACCGACUACAUAAUCGGUACUGAUGCCGUAUUCAAUGAUUCUGAGGACUUUUUCUCUGUGGUGGAAGCUCACAACGGUCAGCCGCUGCGUCUGUACGUCUACAACACCACGAGCGACCAAUGUCGUGAGGUGACUCUAAUCCCGAAUCUCUCCUGGGGCGGUGAUGGCAUGCUUGGCUGUGAAAUCGGCUUCGGCUACCUCCAUCGAAUACCUCCACCCCAGACUAAUGGCACUGCUAAAAAGGCACCACUAUCAGCAGAUCAAGACUUGAAGGCACAACAACUUGAACAGCCCAAACAAAACAUGCCCCCUGAAUAUCUUCCACCACCUUAUCAACCACCACCACCCAUGAUGACUCAACAGCCUCCUCAAUACGAGGGAGUUUCGACAAAUAAUACAACUCAAUCACAGAUGUAUACACCCCAACCACCGCCGACCAUUGAUACAACAAUUAAUGGGAUACCACUGGCGCCUCCUGCACCCCUUCCGAGUAAUCUCUUUGAAGGCCUCCACCUGACACCUCCCACCACUCCCCCGGCCUUUGUUAUGCCUCCCUCCGAGUCGCUUGUGGAACCCUCCGCUCCCCAACCGUCUAUGCUACCAAUGCCAUCACAGCCACAACCUGCUGUCUCUAUAGAGGGCAUUCAGCAACAGGUUUCACCACCUCCACUUCAGAGUCACCUCCAACAUCAUCAGGUUCCACAGAUGUUACCUCAAUUUCCUCCACCUUCAAUGGAGGCACCUUUAAUACAGCCUGUUCCUCUGAUUUCAACUGCAAACAUCGCCCCACCUGGCAUGCCACCUAUUAACGUCCAAAUGCCACCGACUUCUGAUUUAUUGACUGGCCAACCUUGGACGAGCUAG